UACAUGCAGACCAAGAUUACACAAAGGAACUACGGACCCCCAGAUCCCAAGCUGCUUGCACAGCAUAGAGAGCAACGCCUUAAAGAACAGAGUGUCCACUGUUGAUGAUAUAUGGGAGUACUUGAGAAACACCAUGGUCCCCAGUCUCUAUGCUGAGAACAUGUACAAUGGAGAGAACAUCACCCAUCUCGGGAUUGCCAGUGACCUUGCCACAGUCGUAGUUGGUGUGGUUCGCUUGAGACAGCAGAGAAUAGAGAAAGGUACUUGUGAGGUGAAUUCAUUUUUAAGGAAACAAUUCUCCUACUGCACUGCUCCAUUCACCUGGACUAACGAGGACUCUUCAAACUAUGGGCGUUACUGGGGCCCUCAAGAUGUGCCCCCAAGCCAGGACAUAUGGUCCUAUCAGAAGGCAUCCAAGCUGAAUACUCUGCCAUUGGCUGGAGAACACAGAACUUACUCUGGAGGAGGAUACAUCCUGGAGUUGACAAAAUCAAGGAGAGGAUCUCAAAAUGCCUUAGAUGGUGCUAAAACUGACGGCUGGGUGGAUGAGAGAACGAGGGUCAUCAUAGUGGAGUAUACAACAUUCAACCCAAACACAAACUUAUUCUCUAUGUGCACCCUAAUGUUUGAGUUUCUCACCACAGGCCAGAUAGGCGCCUUCUAUAGCAUCCUAACUGUAAAGCUGUACAGUCAGUCCAAUGAUUUCGUGAAAGUUAUGGAAGCUUGUGAAAUAAUAUUUGUGAUAAUCUUAUUGAUAUCCACUGUGAGGGAAGUUAAAUCUGUCAGAGCACAUGGUGAACUGAAGGCUUAUUUCCAAAGUGAUAAUUGGAAAUAUUUUGAACUGUUGGAGAUUCUAAUGAGCUAUUCAGCUAUUGCUGUGUUUUUCAACCGUUUGGUCAUCGUAAAUGACAUUAUCGCAAAAUUCCAUGACUCAAAAGGCGAGGGUUUCGUCAGUUUCUACCCAGCUGUUUUCUGGAACUACAUUCUCAAUUACAUCUUCGCGUUCUUGAUGAUCCUGAACGUGUUGAAGCUAUUCAAGAUGUUGAAUUUUAACACAAGGAUGAGCAUGUUAUCAAAUACUCUCAUGGUCGCAGGGAAGCCCCUUAUUAACUUCUUCAUCAUGUUGGCCAUCAUCAUCAUGGCACACUCUCAUUUUGCGAUCCUAUACUAUGGGGCUUCAUUUGAAGAAUUCAGCUCAGGCAUGAAUACCAUUAUAACAUUUCUCCACAUGUUGCUUGCUGAGUUUGAUGCUGCUCACAUAAUGGACUACAGCCUCUUAAUGAGCAUCAUAUUCAUAGUUGUCUUCUUUGUAUCUGUCUAUUUAAUGAUCUUAAACUUGAUGCUUGCAAUAUUGGACGAUUCAUUCACCACUGUACGACGUAUUCCAACAGAAAGGGAAAUUAUGUUGUCGUUUGUUGCAAGGAAGUUCAAGGUGCAUACUGGACUGAAAAAUGCAAAAUUUUAUCAAAAGUUCAAAAAAUUUUGGGUUAAAAAUGUCAAUAUUGACAGUACCAUUAAUGGUACUGUUACUGAAGAGGAAGAACCAAAUGGGUUUACCUUUGAACUGUAAAAGAAUGCGGACAUGUAAUUCAUUAUGUGCUUUCCUGUAGAUACUUUAGAUGCAAACGUACAGUGGUACAAGAAAAUCAAUGAAUAUCAAUCAAAAAUAGGAACAGG